AUGCUAGAAAACAAGAGGUUAUCCACUUCUCCAAGGAUAGGCAAGAGAAAGCUGGAGGCAGGAGAAUCCAACAAGGAGAAGGCGUCCUCUAGCAAAAAAAGUAAGAGUGCCUUUGGGACGAAAGCCCACGAAGAAAAGAAAGAUACAGAGGAAACUGGAAAAGAUGGCAGUGAAAUGGAUAUGGAUGACUCUGAGGGGGAAGACAACUGGAAAGAUGAGGAUGUGGGUGCAGAGGAUGAAGAAAGUGAGAAUGAGUCCGACAAUGAUAGCCCAAUCCACAGUGCUAGCCCUGGCAAUGACAACAGUGAACCUAUGGUGGAUGUGGAAGACAAGGGUAAUGAGGAAAAAGAUGUGAAUUCUAAGAGGGAGAAGAACAAGGAACCUAAGAAGGAUACGACUAAGGACAAUUUAAGUGAGGAUAAGGAAAGUGUCAUUGUGGCCGUCAUUGCCAUUACCAGGAGCGCGGCAAUAACACUCGAUAGUGGCUAUCGUGUGGAGUGA